AUGAGAACCACGGCUACAAUUGCGGCCGUGUUGGCCAAUGCCGGUCUCGGACUUGGAGCCGCUCUUUCGGCUUGCAAUGAGAACAACUGCUACAGACAGGUCAGCGCGACGCGCUUUGGCCAGCCGGUCCUGACCUCUCGCAUCCAAGACUGCGAGUCUUUCUUGCGGACCACAAUCGUGCCCGCCACCGUCACCGACUGGGUCACCCAGACCGUGACGCCGGCCACCGUGACCGAGACGGUCGCCACCAUCACCGACUCCAUCACCAACACGGUCAACACCGUCGUUCAGACAAACACCGUCACCGUCACGGCUGCUGGUAGCAACAACAAUGCUCCAGCUCGCCGCGAUGGCGCUGCCGGACCCGUGACCAUCACCCCGUCCAAUGUCCCCGCCUACGCAUCCUCGUGCGCCAACGCCGCGGCGUACAGCAGCGCCUGCCGUUGCGCCUCGGCCACCCCCGCGACCAUCACGGCGCCGACGCCCACCGUCACCUCGACCAAGACCCUCUCCGUCACCGCGACCGUCCAGGUCACGGCGCAUGCCACCGUCACCAUCGAGGCGACCGCCACCCAGACCGAGACGGUCACGGCGACCGUCACCCCCUGCUCGGGCUUGGUGCUCAACAACAACCCUCCUGCUGGGGCGGAUUGCGCCCUGCGCGGUUGGCGGGACGCCAAUAAGGCUCCCGUUGUCGGGUAUGGCGACGGCGCCAGCGUCGAGGCCUGCGCAAACAGCUGCAAGGCCAACCCCGCCUGCAAGGCCUUCAUCUACGGCGACCCGGCGCGGGGAUGGAACAACUUCUGCGAGCUCGAGGCCGCGCCCAAUGGAAGGGCCGACAGUUCCGACACGCCGUUUUGGUGGUACGACAUGGCCUGCUUCAAGCCCUGCUCUUAG